AUAGUGCUGCGAAUUAAGAAAACACCCAAAACACCAAGAUCUUAUUUCUUGGGCCCGAAACAGUCGGUAAUUUUUUGAUCUCAUAUUGUGUUAGGUUUGCAGAUUUCACAAUGUCUCUGGUUCCUGCUAGUGGCAUCGGUCGCUAUUGGGCAAGAUCAGCAAAAAUAAUUCGUUUUGCGCGACACGGAUGUACUAACCGCCCGUUUUUUCAUAUUGUGGUUAUGGAGCGACGAAAGUGCCAAUAUCAACCCGUGAUUGAACAAGUUGGCACAUACGAUCCAAUACCGAACGAGCAUAACGAGAAACUGGUAUCGUUCAACUUCGAACGCGUGCGCUUCUGGUUGGGUAGCGGGGCUCAUCUCUCAACACCUGUGGCGGAAUUGUUAGGUGUAUCAGGUUUACUUCCUGUGCACCCACGCACAUAUAUGGCGGCUUGGAGACAGCGUCAACAGGAAGAAACUAAACUAGGUGAGGCUGAACCAUUGAUGAGCUCGGGAGACACUGAAAGCGAUGUCAGUGGGAAAGAAGCGCAUAAAUAA